AUUUUUCAUAUUUUGAAUAGGGGAAAGAUGGAUGCUUCUCUUCACAGAUCUUCAAAAUCAAAGGCAAUCGGGGGGAAACCACCAUACUUAAUGCCUUAUUUUGGAAUGUUUGGAUAUGGUGGACCUAUAGCAUCUAUGCAUUUGGGGAGGCGUGCUUCAGUUUCUUACAAGACAAAGCAUGUGAAGAAAGUCUACACAUUACAUCUUGAGAGAGAAGCUUUGUUAAAUACAUCUAGCUCUCAACUCACAUGGAAGACCGGUGGCGGAAUCAGAGAUCCUUUAGCUAAUGAAAUUAGGGACUCUCAUGGAAGCUUUACAAAGGUUGAAAUUUACGAGCCAAAAAUAAAAGAUGUUCACAUAAAUAGACUCCCGUCCCAUCUGAAAGACCUAUAUUUCCCUUACAUACAGUGUGAUGACACGUCUGAUAGAGGGAAGACUAUUACACCUAUUGAGUUUAAGGUCAAUGAUGUUGAUUUGACUGAGAUUCAAGGUGGCGAGGUUGCAAUUACUAAUUGGCAUUCUUGCAAUGGUCCUGAGUUUGUUUUCCAACUUCACCUCAAAAGUGAAAGUUCAAGAGAAUUACAAGCAAAUGCACGUAUGAGAUUUGUAUAUCUCCCAUUCACAAAGGGAAAGGAGAAUAUAGAGAGGGUUUUGGAAAAGUUAAAGUCUGAUGGGUUUGUAAUAAGUGAAGACUUUCAAAGCUUUAGUCGUGUCUCUGUUAGGAGGCUUGGUCGACUACUUCCUGAUGCUCGCUGGACUUUACUUCCUUUGAUGGACUUUAGGAACAAAAAGGGAAUCAAGGCUCAAAUAUUGAAGAGAUGUUCCCAGCGGGUGAAAUGCUUCAUUGAAACUGAUGGAGGUUUCAAGCCUACACUGUCCAAGACUGAUCUAGCUCACCACAAUCCUUUCACCGCUGCUCUGAAGAAUUUUGGCAAUAAAUUUUCUGAAAAAGAGAAGGAUGUUACUGUUGAAAUUCGGAAGGCUACAAAAGUGUUAACUCUUUUAAAGCUACAAAUGGAGUAUCAGGAUUGGAUAUUACAAAUGCAUCAUCAGUAUGAUGAAGAAGCUGAUUCUGGCGAGGAUCAACCAGUUAUCAUUGUUGGCCCAGCAAAUGAGAAGGCACUUGGCAUCUCUUCAGAUGUUAUCAGAGUCCAUCAGGUUUUGAACAGGAAGGAAAAAUCCUGGAAACGUGGGCAGAAAAUUAAAGUGUUGAAGGGUGCAUGCGCAGGGUGUCACAGAACCACUAUUUAUGCAACCAUUGAAUACUUUUUGCUUGAAGGAUUUGAAGGAGACGCUGGUGGAGAAGCCAGAAUAAUAUGCAGGGCAAUAGAUAUCCCAGAUGAGAAUGGAUCUUUCCUCUCUGUCGGGGAUGAAGAUGCAAGUUUGGAGAUUCGUGGCUCUUUGUCUUUACCUAUAAGUGUGAUAGAUUCUGGAAAGGUAAUAGCUGUUGAAAGUAUUGAAUGGGAAAAUCGACUUACUAAGAAACAACAGAAAUCAACUUCAAUUUACUUGCCGGGUGCAAACCAUUAUGAAAAUCUGGAGACUAAUGGGGUAGUUUCUGUUGAAAGUAUUGAAUGGGAAAAUCGACUUUAUAAGAAACAACAGAAAUCCCCUUCGAUUAACUUGUCGGGUGCAAACCAUUAUGAACAUUUGGAGGCUGAUGGGGUUCCUGUCAUCAAAAUGCCAAUAGUGAAGUAUGCUGGUCAACCUCCAUGUACGGAUAAGGGUAUCAUAGACCUGCAGGAACCAUCACUUUAUCACGAAAAUAGCUUAAUUGAGUUUUUUUUAAAUUAUGACAAGGAACUUUUUGAUAGCAUCUGCAAACUUGCUGAGAGAAUUCAAAAAGUAGAAAGUCAUCUUAAUAAUUCAAAUGAGAAAAAGGCUGAAACCGAGCAGGAGAUGGUGAAGCUGCUAGAGAAGGUUGAACCUUAUCAAUUAAGCAUUAUGGACUCUUCGUUUACCAAAGACGAAUUGAUGACAAAAAUUAGAAGUAUGGAAAACUCGCCAUAUUCUGUCUUGUGCAGCCUUUCUAAACGUGAAAAACCACCGAAUUAUUUCUUGGAAGAUUUAAUUGGUGUGGUUGCCCUUAUUGGCACCGUUCAGAGACCUGAGCUUAGCAGAAUCUUAGCGGAAUAUCUUGGUGAAGCUAAAAUGCUGGGUCUUAUUUAUAGAUCUUUUGAUACUGCAAGUUCCCUUGAGAAGUAUAAUCAAAAGGGAGAAAUUGAUUAUGAGCGUGCUUUACAUGCUGAAGCGGCUGCUCUUGGAAAAGCUAUUAGUAACCGUUUCCAUGUUAUCUGCUUUGAAGAUAUAAGGCCUUACACUGGGUGGUUGCAUGAUGAUUCUCAGAGAAGGCUAGCAUUGCCAAAUCCACGCAUUGCAAACGGGGAAACACCAGAAGGUUUUAUAGGUUAUGCUGUUAACAUGGUUGACCUAGACAUAAAUUCCUUGCAGAUUAUGACAGCCUCGGAUUUCGGAUUACGGGAAACAGUGUUAUUUAAUCUUUUCAAGAAGCUUCAGGUUUACAACACAAGAGAGAAUAUGGUGGCUGCCCGUACCUGUAUAGAGGAUGGUGCUGUUUCGUUAGAUGGUGGCAUUUUAAGUGAAAAUGGAAUUCUGUCUCUUGGUUACGGGAACCCUUCUAUAUGUUUUCCUUGUGAGAACCAGAAGGUACUCCCUCGGGAAAUUGAAAAAAUCUUGCCACAGAUGGAAGGGAAGAAGUCAGAUCUAAGGAUGAUUGAAGAAAGAAUCAAAGGACUGGAACAUUCUCGUGCCAAGUAUAUAAAGAAAUUUAACAAAAAGAAGGAGAGAUACGAUAAGGUUACGGAUAGAAUGAAGCCUAUGACUGAACUUUUGAAAUAUAAACCAGAGGCAGGGGACGGAUCAAAUUCAUCUGGUAGGCUUAGUUGAUUGUACAUUUUUUUUAUUUUGUCAUAGAGAGCAUAUUGUAUAGCUUGGGCUUUGGAUAAUGUGCUUUCAUGUGAUGUUCUGCUGAGUUAAUUUAUGCUGUAUUUCAGUUUGAGUA